UGGCUCACAAUGUGAAGCUCCGUUGACCUGCUCAACUCCUGGAAUCCACGAUCGUCAAACAAACAGAUUCUUGAAAGUGGCGCGGGUGGAGGUGUCGUACUUGCAUUCAAUCUUGGGGAGGAGGGGCGCAGCGGCAUAGCAUCGGUUGUUCGGCGGAGAUUCAGAGAACGAACAAGCUCGAGCUGACUCGGAUAUGGCCAGCCGUCGGGGAUCUUCCUCUUCGUCGUCGGACUCCAUGCAUAACUUGAUGACAGUGAUGGCUACGGUCGGCUGUUUCAUGCUGAUCUCGGAGCUGAUCACCUUGAGCUCUCCUACUGUCCGUCUUGUCUACCUUGCGAGAGCUCAGUCAACGGGAGGGGGAGCGGAAGGGGGCGGCAGCGAUCAUGGAAGUAAUGCAGCCAUUGCAGUAGCGGGGGGAGCAGGAAACGCUCAGCCUGCAGAUGGAAAUGGAGAUGGUGGUUCCAACACAAACACAGCACUUAAUAAACCUAGUGAUUCGGCAGCGGGUCCUUGGUUGAAGGGCAGCUCCUCUGAGGUGUCCAGCUCCUCCUCUGAGGUGUCCGGCUCCGGGGCACAGUCUGACGGGGGCGACGUUGGUGGGGCAGUAGCGGUGCCGGACGUAGCCAAGGGUGUCAACGACGCAGCCUCAGCUACAGCAGGCUCCGAGAUAGCAGGAGGUGCUCAGCCUGCAGGACCAGGCAAGAGUUCGGCCUCAGCGGCUGAUGCACAAUCCGUCAUAGGAAGGACGUCGUCUACAUCAACGGCAGAGAACUCGGAGUCAGUCUCCGGCAAUUCACCCACGUUGACCGAGGGAGAAUUAUCUGUUGGCGACAAGCCAGGGAGUACGCAAGAGGACGGCAGUCGAUUGGGCACUUCUGAUGGCGCGGUUCUGGGCAAAGGAAUCGGUUCUGGACAGGAAACGGUGCAGCAGCUAUCAGGUAACGAUCAUAGUGGAAAGAAAGCGGGUACCAGUUUAACCCCCGGCGUCGUCACAGAAAUGGUGCAGCCAUCAGGCAACGAUCGUGAUGGUAAGAAAGCGGAUACCGUUGCAAGCCCUGUUGUCAGAGAAAAGGUAGUUGCCCCCUCCCAGCCGGAGGAUGAGCCGGCAUCGCAACCAACAAGGCAGGUAGUUUCCCCUUCCGAAUCAGACGUGCUUGAAGUUGCAGGCACUUCGCUGACUUCACGAAGUCAGCAGCAGCUGUCGCCGAAGCCGCGCCAUGAGGUAUCUGCUCCAAGUGCUGCACCGCCGUCUUCUCCGGGGUUGAAACCCAAAUUGUCCAACGCAACAACCACGAGCAAUGCCACGUCACCACGGAACUCGACAAAACUCCCUCCAGCUGCGGCUCCGGCUCACGCCUCCACUCCUUUAAUAUCUCCAUCUCCUCAAUUGUUUUCAGCCCCGCCCACUCCCAACCGAGGUGUAAGUGCUGCGCAGGUGUACCGUACGAUCGUGCUCGUAUUCGGCUUCCUGAUCGCACAGUUACCCUUACUGAUCGAUGGAACAGUUGUCUCUUAGGAACGAGCUCACAAUUCCGACCU